AUGUUACUUAAAAAUGCCCUUUUCUCCCAAGCUGGCUUUGGAAUCACAGCCAACACCAUACUCCUCCUCUCCCACAUCCUCCCAUCCCUCCAGGAUUGCAGACUGAAGCCUAGUAGCCUGACCAUCUGUCACCUGGCACUUGUCCACAUAGUCAUGCUCCUCACCAUGGUGUUCUUGGUGUCUCCGGACCUGUUUGAGUCACUGCAUUUUCAAAAUGACUUUAAGUGCAAGGCUUUGUAUUACGUGAGUAGGGUGAUGCAGGGCCUCUCCAUCUGCACCACCUGUGUCCUGAGCACACUUCAAGCUAUCACUCUGAGCCCCAGCACCUCCUGGUUGGCCCAGUUUAAACACAAAUCUGUAAAUUUCAUUACUCAUGUCUAUGUGUUCAUGUGGACCCUCAGCUUAUCUUCCUGUGCUUCUCUGACCUUUUAUGUUGUGGCUUUUUCCAAUCUGAACCAGACCCAUUUUCUGAAGCUGGAUAAAUACUGCUCACUCUCCCCCAUGAACUCCAUUGUCAGAUACCUGUUUUAUGCUUUGACAACCUCCAGGGAUGUUUGCUUUGUAGGAGUGAUGCUGAUCUCAAGCAUGUACCUGCUGAAUCUCCUGUUCAAGCACCAGAAGAGGGUCCAGUAUCUCCACAGCAGCAGCCGCUCCUCAACACCCUCCCCAGAAAAAAGGGCCUCACAGACCAUUGUGCUGCUUGUGGGGUUCUUUGUGGUCAUGUUCUGGAUGGACUUUAUAAUUUCAUCCUUCCCAACCCAUUUAUCAGAUGAUGGACCAGUGAUGCAGACCAUCCGGACACUUGUGAGCAAAAUCUAUGCCAUAGUCAGUCCUGUGGUGCUGCUCAGUUCUGACAGAAGGGUCAUCGGUAUUCUGCAAAGUGUGAAGCAGGCAUGCAGCAGCCUUUCACACUAG